AAGUGCAGAUGACACAGCAUUUUCGUUUCCGGUCCAAGAGUCCAAGAUGGCACCGAAAGUUGCUGUCAUAGGGGCUGGAGCAUCGGGUCUUUGUAGCAUCAAAGAAGCACUGGACGCGGGACUAGAGCCAACAGCUUACGAGAAAGCGUCUUGGCUUGGGGGAAUAUGGAAUUUCAGCGAAGAUCCCGAGCAAAGCUGCGCAGCGCUUUGCACCAUCACAAACACCAGCAAACACGUGAUGUGUUUUAGUGAUUUCCCCAUGUCAAAAACUUGUCCAAACUACCUUCCAAUGAAGACAUACCAAGCUUACCUAGAAUCCUAUGCUAAGGAGUUCAACCUAGUGAAAAACAUACGCUUUAACGUGUCUGUGAUUGAAGUAAAAAAGUGUGCAGAUUUUGAGGAGACCGGAAAAUGGGAGGUCCAUUCUAUUGCGGGGAAUUCACAGACAAUUAAGAUGGAAGUGUAUGAUUUUGUGAUGGUAGCAAGUGGAAAGCUGUCUGAACCAUUUAUCCCAGAAAUACCAGGAAUGGAAAGUUUUCCUGGAAAAUUGAUUCAUAGCAAGGAGUACAAAACUUUCAGAGGGUUUGAGAAUAGGCGGAUCUUAGUGGUUGGGCUUGGAAAUAGUGCGGGUGACAUAGCAUGUGAACUGAGUCGCCAUGCCUCCCAAGUUUACAUCAGCACCCGGAGAGGUACGUGGGUACUGCCACGCCUUGGACCAGGAGGUGCCCCCAUUGACCUCUCCAUCAGUAGGCUGGUGUAUGACCUCCCAAGAUCCUUUUUGAGCUGGGUGGUUGCUCAGAGAGUGAAAGGCAGUUACAAUUUGGCUAACUUUGGACUUGAGACAGGAGAAGAACCCAUGAAGGCUCUUAUUAUCAAUGAUGAACUUCCUCACCGCAUUGUCACAGGGAGCGUUAUUGUGAAGAGUGAUAUCAAGUCAAUCAAAGGCAGCAGCAUUCUGUUUAGUGAUGAUACCACCCUGGAUGACAUUGACAUUGUGAUUUUUGCCACUGGUUUCAAUGUGAGAUAUCCAUUUUUGUCAAAUUCGUGGCUUCAACCAAAGGAAGAUUACAUCCCGCUGUACAAGUUUGUCUUUCCCUUUGAGCCCUCAAAGCCCACAAUAGCAAUCAUUGGGGCAUUCACUAAUGAGGGCCCUAUCCCACCGUGUUGUGAGAUGCAGGCCCGCUGGGUGGUGCAGGUAUUCAAGGGGAAUGCAAGACUUCCAGACAAGCAGAAGAUGAUCAAAGAAAUUUUGGAUGCUCAGGAAGAAAUAAAGAAAAGAGUUACAUAUACUGGAAACAGAUACUUUCACAAGCUUAAAGGUAUGGUGCCUUACUUGGAUGAAAUUGGGUCCCUGAUAGGUGCUCGUCCUAGUAUGCUGAAACUGGCACUGAAGAGCCCUGCCUUAGCCCUCAAGUGUUAUUUUGGUACAUGCAUACCAGCGCAGUACCGGCUGGUGGGUCCGGGGGCCUGGGGAGGUGCAGAGAAGGUCAUUUGGGAGGUAGAGGAGAGUUUUCUCACACCAAUGAAAACUAGAGCUGUCUCGCUAGCUGAUGAUAAAGGAAAGAGCAAGAUUUAUCUGUUUAUGUUUGGAGUUAUUAUUGUUCUUGUGGCCUGUUGGCUUGCAUGCUGUUCAGCAUAAAGAACACCAGGACACCUUUUUUUGUAGUUUUUUUUGUGUUUCACACAAACAAUUUUUAACAGUCUAACUCCUUCCCAAUUUUGACUAAGUCAAAAAUACAUCAUGGACAGGGGGGGCGGGGGCAUAAACCAUGUUGAUGAUCUACCCUUUUAUGUUUAGUGCAGUGGUGGGGUUCUCUUAGAUAUAUGUCUGCUAAUAAGACGAAAAUAUUAAACAAUUCUUCAUCUCUGAGUCACGGAGACGUCAAUUUGUAUAUGAAACACGUUGGCUGCUCUGGUCAUUUGACAUUCUCUUUUAUUUAUUUUUUGCUACUGACAGCCUAUAUAGCCUGCUUGUAGUUCAACCAAUCUGAUUUUGCUUAAAAUAUGUUAGCAUAAAAUCUGAUGUGAGGUAAAAAAAAGUAUUUGUUUUCUUUUACAUUCGUUUUCAGGCACCUCUUGUUUUUCGUUUCCGAGUCGCCACUGUUUUUUGGUGACGGAAGUGAUUAACAGUUACGGCGGCCGUUAGACCGCUAACCAAUGAGAGAGAAACCAGAAAUAUCUAGGUGUCAAGAAAUAAGCAGACAAGAAAUAGAAACGCACAUAUACGCACUAAAUCAACAUCAGCUCAAAGCUAAGAGACUAUUCGAACUUUAUUCAAUUGUUGGCUUUGUAUUUAUCGGUAAUGAAUCCUAGACAGAAGCAGGCUAUCUACUUUGCUGCUUUGGUUGUGCUCGAUCUAAAGCUGUGACGGAUGCAGAUUGACGUCCACAAAAAAAAAAAAAAAAAAAAAAAAAAAAACAGACGAAAAGCACAUGGUUUAUGUUUGUCUGAAAACGCGUGUAAAUGGGAGUGUGGGUGGGGUGACAAAGUGAAGACACAUUUUUUUUAUUUUAACUAAAAAAUAUUAUGAAUCUUGUAGGUAGCUUUUAGCGCGUUUUCCAGGAGUGCAAGUAGUACCUAAACUCUAUAAGUUUACGCGUUCGUUACCAAGUUUUCUGACGUCGCUAGGCCUCGAUAGGCCCUGAUUUCGGGCUAACAUGAACGAGCUGGAAAUCAAGGUAUUUUUAUUUAAGCCAGUUUGAAAAAUAUUAUGAAUUAUUGUAUAAAAAAGAUAAACAUAACCUCCCGAAUAAAUAAUACACUGUUUUUAUCAAGAAAAUCACAUUGAGGCACUGAGCUACACCGAUUUCAUUGUACCACGAUUUGCAAAGGUUUACUGAUGGGCGAUAUGUAUUUAUAUCGUGACCUAAAGAAACCCUUCUGUAGAUCUACAAAUUUAGGGAAUUUAAAUAAUAAAACAUGUCUAUAAAGAA